GAUUUGCCAAUCCACUCACAGGAAUAGCAGAUUCUUCUCAAAGCACAAUGCACAAUGCUUUGCACAUCUAUAUGAAUGGAACAAUGUCCCAAGUCCAGGGAUCGGCCAAUGAUCCCAUUUUUCUUCUUCAUCAUGCUUUUGUGGACAGUAUUUUUGAACAAUGGCUUCGAAGACACCGUCCUCUUCUGGAAGUUUACCCAGAAGCCAAUGCACCUAUUGGCCAUAAUAGAGAAUCCUAUAUGGUCCCUUUCAUACCACUCUACAGAAAUGGUGAUUUCUUCAUUUCAUCUAAGGAUCUGGGAUAUGACUACAGCUACCUACAGGAGCCAGAUCCAGGCUUUUACAGAAACUAUAUUGAGCCCUACUUGGAGCAAGCCACUAGGAUCUGGCCAUGGCUCCUUGGGGCAGCAAUGGUGGGAGCUGCUGUUACUGCAGCUCUGGUAGGGCUCAGCAGUCAUCUGUGCUGUCGCAAGAAGAGGCAGCUCCAGGAAGAAAGACAACCACUCCUCAUGGAAAAAGAUGAUUACCACAGCUUGCUGUAUCAGAGCCGUCUAUGA